AUGGCCAGCAAGAAAGCAAACGGCACUUUCAACUUGGCGACCAAGGCAACCAUCCCAACGAGAUUUCGAUGCAAGGUAGGCGGAGAAUGGAAGUCCAUCGAUGAGUUCUCCAAGAACCAGCAAAGAUUCAUCCAGACCAACCUGGCCGGCCGCUAUCGCAUCGAUGCAGCCAACUCGGGCAUGACCUGCCGAGAGCACUCCUCUGGUCAACGCACGGAAAUGACUUGUGAGCUGUGUGGACUUGUCAAGCCCCUGGAUGAGUUCAGCAGCUCCAGCAAGAGGAACAAGAGUCCUCACUGCAAGAGAUGCACCGCCUGGAUGGAAACUCAGGAACCAGAAGUCAUUCCUGCGCCUCUAGAGACUGGCCACAUUUCCAUCGAAGAGGAGCGUGGAGAGAUGUGGCCCGCCCAAUUUGUCGACGACACCGAUUUCUUUUCCGACGAUGUGUACCCCCAGGCUCCUGUUACGGGACUGUCGUCGCUUGGCUUGGAUGAAAACGACGUGGCUUCCCUUCUUGAUUCACGGUCUCAGUCUGGCGCUCCUUCGGAACACGCUGCCUCGGAGGCAUCGUCGAGCCGCCCUCUCCCGCCGCAUUUGAGAGGCUCCCUGGCCAGCUCGAAGAAGUCUCUGACGCCGUCGACCGACCAGCCGCAUGUUGGGGCGAGCGGCAGGUCGUCGUUUGUGCAGCAACUGCCUCCUCACCUUCGCCCCUUUGGGCAGCAAGCCCUCGUGCCAGACGCUUCUUCCGACUGCGCCAUCGGCAGCGAAUUUGGAGACACGGGCAGCAUCUCGACGGCCACCACAACAAGGGAGGCCAGAGCCAAAGUGCGCCGCAUUUCGUUCAACGCUUGGGAUCCGGCAGGAGUAGCGUAUCGAGCUGUCAAGACAGCCACGGAAAGCUCGGCUGCAGCGACCUCGGAGGCGACGGAGAGUGAAGCUGGCGGUGCAAGUCUAAGCUCGCACAACCCAGAGACACUGGCCAGGAGCAAGUGGCCAAACCAUGUACGCAUGUCCCAGACGGAGUUGCGUCAAGUCGGUACGAACCACCACGUUGCGGCCCGGGAUCCGGGUCCUGUGAGGCAUCGCCCGGUGCCGCAGGUCCCGAACGUUUGCUGCGAGCCGGAUGACGACGAUGAUGACCUUUAUUGA